ACAGAGACGGCGUCGCUGGUUACCAAAGUUUUAUGUUUUCAUUUGUUGUAAGAUGAUAUUAGAAGUGUGAACUUGAAGUGAAAAGUGUGAGAAGCUAGAUCUUAACCAAACAAUGAUGUGACGAGCAUUCACAAACUCGCUUCAAAUGUGUUACUGCUGACAAGUCGUGUUUUUGUUCAGGUCGACGAACAGAACAACGAAAAAUGCGCCCCAUAUCGACCGUGUAUGAAUAAUCUAGACUAGGAAAACAAAUUUCUUCAUGGCUUAUGAAGCAAAAAUGGACUUUGUGCAUUAUCUUCCUCAUGAACUUACUCUCAAAAUUUUGUUUUACUUGACGCCCUCUGAAUUGAGUAAGUUUUCUGCAUGCUGUUUUGCUUGGAGAGAAAUUGCUAACACUGAUUCCUUGUGGCUUCACCACUGUAUGUGUCAUGGGUGGUUACAUUAUGGGAUAUCAGGACAGAUCCUCAGAGAGACAUCCCUGUUUCCCAAGGAGACAAAUGUAUCAGGAAAUUCCCCUGUCUUUUAUCUUUGGGUACCAGAGACAACUCGAUUAAAGCCAAUAUGUAAGUGGAAACAUAUCUUCCUCCGCAUGACUCAUCUGUCGCAGAAUUGGGCAAAGGGACGCUACUCUGUCGCCCCAAUUCUGCGUGGGCACAAAGAGAAAGUCACAGCAAUGGAUUGCAAUGGCCGGACAUUGGUCAGUGGGAGUGAGGACAGAUCUGUGUGUAUCUGGGAUGUUGCAUCUUGUACAUGUAUACAUAGACUAAAUGUCCACUCUGACACAGUUACUGCCAUCAAAUUGAAACGCAAUCUGUUAGUGACUGGAUGUGCAGACACGGCUAUCAGGGUGUUUGAUGUGACCAAAGGGGAACAACUCUUCACUCUACAGGGUCAUUCAGAUAGUGUGGACAGACUGAUAUUAAUGGGGGAAGACAUUCUAGUGAGUCAAGGAGCAGACAGGACUGUGCGAGUGUGGUCACUUGGAAUGAGGAAAUUGAAACAUCUUCUCAGGGGACAUACAGAUGAUAUUGAGUGUAUAUGGGAGCACGGUAGUCAUGUGAUCACAGGAUCAUGGGAUAAAUCAUUGAUUAUGUGGGAUGUGGUGAAAGGUCAUCGUCUGCUCACAUUUACUGGACACACAGAAGUGAUUAGUUGCUGUCAGUUUGAUGACAAAAAGAUUGUCAGUGGUAGUGCUGAUCAAACCCUGCGAAUCUGGUGUCCCAGGACUGGCCAGUGCCUCAAGGAACUGAGUGGACACACUGGAGAAGUCUACUGCCUGAAGUACAAUGAUCAGGUGAUUGUGUCUGGCUCGUCAGAUAGUGUCAUCAUCAUCUGGUCUCUAGCAGGACAUCUAUGCCACACCCUUCACGGUCACCUGGGUGUGGUACGCUGUCUUCAUCUCACCCCCCACAGGCUAGUCAGUGGUGGAGAUCAGAAGAAAAUUAUCGUCUGGGAUUACAAGGAAGGUAAACUGCUAAAUGUAGUCCAUCGUCAGCCAACCAAACUGCACCUGAUGUGGAUAAAUGACACUAAACUGAUAACAGCUUCUCCAGAAAAACCUGGCACAGUUACAAUCCUCAGUUACUGGUGAGGUGGAUUGUAUGUGGGAAAGGCCUUGCAGUACAUUGGAUGCAGUCAAACCACAAGUACAUUCACAUGGAGAAUUUAACCAUGAACCCACAUUUUCUGAACCGUUCAGACCUUCAUUGUGUCUUUCAAUUGUUUUCAAAUGAAAUUUUAACAGCUGGUCUUUAAGAGUCUAAAUUUGUGUAAAAUGUAGAUAAAUUAUGAGUGUGUGUAAUUUUAUUUUGUACAUUGUAUUUUACUUCAACUUUUAAGGAUGUAAUCUUAAUUUGUGGAUGUGUAUAUGUACAUUUGUGCCAUGUCAGGCUUAAUUGUAUGUACCAUUAAUAAUAAUAUGUAAUAAUGUAAUAUUGUUACAGGCGUGAAUUUAUGGUUCAUGAUAUUUGUGAAAUGGAAAAUAUAUCGUACUCAUAUAUAUUUUGUUAUCAAUUUAUGGUUGUUAAGUAUUUUGAAGAAUUGCAUGUAUGUUAUCAGCAUUUUAUGAAAAGUUAAUUACAUUUGAUUGUUAAAUGUGCCAAUUAUAUUCCAAGGCUUUUGUCGCCAUGAAGGAAAAUGUUGUGUUUGUAUAAAGAGUGUAUUUUAUUUCAACGAAUUAAAAUUUGAC